UUCCGAGUUGUCAGUUAAAAAUAGCCUAAUUAUUUCUAUCCUUAACAUUUUUUUACUUAUUAUUUAAUAACUUUGAUCAGAAUAGUCUUAGAUUAAGUGAUUAAUCGAUGAUUGCAAUCAAACUAUUCAAGAAAAAAUAAAUCAUUUUCUUUUAGUAAUUUUUUUCCAUUUUAUAACCCUCAAAGAGGAUAUUUAUAAAAACCAAGAUGCAAGACGAUUCAUUUUUAGAAGAAAUGAACUUGGUACUGCCGAAAGACCGCAGGGGAAGAAAUUCUGUUCAUCGUGAAGAAAAAUAUAAUAAUGUAACAACACGUCAAUUACAAUCACCAAUCGGUACUCCAAAUUCUGAAAGAGAGGAUCUUGAAUCUGUUCUGCGACAGCAAAGACAGUCUACAGUUUCUCCGUCAGUUAUGUUGAAAACAACCAGUAGAAGAUCUAUCGAAACACUCUCGCCGAUUCUGCAUGUUUCAGAUCCGCAUUUAAAACGCAAAGAAGAUUUGAAGGAUAAAAUGUCUCCUGGCACUAGAAAACAAUCUAAAGAUACAAAAUACGGGUCGUCAGUAAAGAUAAAGUCGAACAAGAAAUUAAAAAAUGAAGAGAAAUUGAAGCCUGUGGAAAAUAUUGAUCGCUCUGUAGACACAUCAAAAGGAAGUUCAGUAUCGAAAAGUCGCUCGGGGCCCAAAGCAGCAGGAUCUAAAGAAAGCAGUAGAUUGUCUGAUGGAUCCUUCAAAGAAAACAGUAGACCUACAGACUCUUCUGAAGACAUAAGCACUUCGGACGGUACUAAGGAAUGGCGACGCAUAACUACGGAUAUUAUUAAAAAUAAAGAGUUUUCCGAUGAUUGCGAGUCACUUGCGAUGCUGCCAGCCGUUAAAGAUAUCGUCAGUCAUUAUACCAAGGUCGAAAGCAAUAAAGUUAUGACGGCAAUGCAAGUCGAGAGCUCUAAAAUAAUGAAAAUGAUGCAAGACUUUUACAUUAACUCUCAGGCUAAUAUCAUUCAACAAUUUUUGCUCAUGUCGGAUGACUUGUGUGACAGUCGGCCGAUUAGUGAUAAUUCGCGUAUCCAAUAUCUAACUCAAGAAAAUAAACGGCUUCUUGAUAAUAUUACCCUUUUGAAUAAUCGCAUCGAAGAAUUGCAGAAAAUCGCUGAUACUGUUAAUGAUCUUCGUAAAGAAAAUAAAAUACUCAAAUCAAAAGUAAAAGAGCUUACCAAGUAAAUCUUUUUUUUUUAACACACAAUACCCUUUUUGGGUUUUUAGUACUCGUACAUACGAACAAUUAUUAUUAUUAUGAAAGUAUUUAAUUUUU